UUGGUGGGGGAGCGGGGAGCCUUGCUGCGCAGUGUGGGACCAUGGAGGGAAAUGCGCACCUCCUCCAGGUCAUCCGCAAGAUGCGUUCCCAAAUCAACAAGCUGGAGAGGGAGAACAGGGCCCUGAGGGGAGAGCUGCAGGUCUGCGGGCAGAGAGCUGUGCUACCGGAGAGAGAGGCAGUAAGAGGAGGUGGGAACGGUGACGCGAGGAGCCUUCACGAUGAUGGGGAAGGACCAGCUGGCUCUCCAGCAUCGCUGCAUGGAAGCAUCGUGGCCGGUCCUGCUCCGGCACCAAAGGAGCAGACAGAUACCACCAUGACUGUGCGGCGCUACUCCACCGCUUCACCGGCGCCCGCCCCUUCCAGCACGAGGUCUCACCGGGCCAGCAAGAGGCCUCCGAGCAAUGGGCCCCGGGACACACCGGGCAGUGCCUGGCCACCAGCCCCUCCUGGCGCAGCACAGCUCACCAGCGGGGAGGGGAAAGGGCUUGAAAAAGCGCCAGGCAACCGUCUCUCCUACAGCCAUUCCAGCAAAAUGAAGCUGUUUCAGGAGCAUGUCUGUAAGUGCAGGGGUAAAGUAAAGGCCGUUAGUUUCCUCUUACCAAUGGACAUGUCAUCAUAUGCUGAAAAGCAAGGUUCCCUCAAAAGCCCACAAAAUCAGAGCACAAAACAGUUAACCACCAUCGCUGAAAAGGAUAUGUGAGCUGGUGAAUUUUUAAAGGCCCAUUGAUUCUUGAGAUAAAUUGGCCUUAAAUGAUAGCUGUGUGUCAGGUUCCUUUCCUGCAAAACGCUUUGGCAGGAUGCCUGCAGAGAACCACCCGGCCUGUGUUUCGGGUCACUGGCCUGAUGUUUAGCAUGGAAAUGGAAGACAUGACAAAGCCGGCUGGAAGCCCAUACACCGCGAUGAAGCCACAUGAUAGCAAAGGUACCUCUGCAAAGUAGCUUCUGCGCAACAUGUCUCAGGAAUCCUUUACCUUGGGACUGCUGUAAACAGGGUGUUGAAGCUGGUUUUCAUGUGUUUGUCACAAAAAAAGCGGAUACCAUGUCACCGCUUGUGUUUGCUGAUUCCCUUGCCAGAAAGGUAUUUGAUGCAAAUGACAAAAUAAGAGCUAUUAAAGAGCCUCUGAGGUUUUCUCUGUAUGUAAGACUUUAAAACUUCACAGUACUAAUACAGUAAAAUUAAGAAGGCGUUACAGAGUCAGCUAACAUUGCUCUGAAUUUCUGCAAAGCUUGGCAAUGACUGUUUAUGUCCAUUUGGGGUUCACCUCUAAGGGAGAGCAGGGGAGAGGAAGUACUAAUGGGUAUGAAAAUGUGACUACAAAUCUGUUUCCGACUUGGUGUGUUCAUCCAGCCAGAGACUAAAGGCUGUACACCAAGUCAAAAUAGGAAGAAUUGUGAAUAUCAGAAUUUUUCAGGAAUGGCUUCUCAGCACAGCUUGGAUCAAAAAUCAUUAGCAGAAAUUCAGCAAGCAGGUGCAGAAUAAAUGUGAGAGAGAACUACAAACAGCUUGUAAAAAAUGAGGAGUGCUUGUUAGUUCUAGUCAUGUGAGUAAAGAUAGUGUCCCACGUGUUUAUUUUGAUUACAAGUAUUUAUGGAACCAAAAUACUGCACAUUGCUAUCUCUUUAUGUACAGGCAGCACUGAUGAUUGAAUAUGGUACGGAGAAUGCAUGAACAGUAGAUGUUUGUACUGAUAACUUUAAGGAAGAU